AGGCGCAGGAGCCAGCACUGGGACCGGCACAGCAGAGCCCUCCUGCCCCGUGCACCAUGGCCCCCGCAGUGCUGGUGCCGCUGGCCCUGGGGCUGUUGGCAGCCUCCUGCUGCGCGGCCCCGAUGCAGAGCACACUGCAGAGCACACCGCAGGCAGUGGUCACCUUCCUGGGGGAGCUCAGCGCCGUGUCCGACCGGGAGCUGGCGGAGAGAUACCUGCUGCGGUUCGGAUACACCACGGAGGCCGAGGCGCGAACCGGCACCAAGCACGUGUCCCUGGCCAAGGCUCUGCGCCGGAUGCAGAGGAAGCUGGGCCUGGAGGAGACGGGGGAGCUGGACACUGCCACGCUGGAGGCCAUGCGAGCCCCUCGCUGUGGUGUCCCCGACGUCGGAACCUUCCUCACCUUCGAGGGGGACCUCAAGUGGGACCACACAGACCUGACGUACCGGGUGAUGAAUUACUCCCCUGACCUGGACCGUGCCGUGAUCGAUGAUGCCUUCAAGAGGGCAUUCAAAGUGUGGAGCGACGUGACCCCUCUCACCUUCACCCAGAUCUAUAGUGGCGAGGCAGACAUCAUGAUCAUGUUCGGCAGCCAAGAGCAUGGGGACGGGUACCCUUUCGAUGGCAAGGACGGGCUCCUGGCUCACGCCUUUCCCCCUGGCCGCGGCAUCCAGGGCGAUGCCCACUUUGAUGAUGACGAGCUCUGGACACUGGGAACAGGCUUAGUGGUGAAGACCCGUCAUGGGAACGCUAAUGGGGCCGAAUGCCACUUCCCCUUUGUCUUCGAGGGCCGCUCCUACUCGCGGUGCAUCACGGAGGGGCGCACGGACGGGCUGCCCUGGUGUGCCACCACUGCCAGCUAUGACCACGACAAGAAAUACGGCUUCUGCCCCAGCGAGCUCCUCUACACCAACGGCGGCAACAGCGAUGGGGCCCCCUGCGUCUUCCCCUUUAUCUUUGACGGCACCUCCUACAAUGCCUGCACCACGGACGGGCGCUCCGACGGCUACCGCUGGUGUGCCACCACCAGCAACUUCGACCAGGACAAGAAAUACGGCUUCUGCCCCAACCGAGACACGGCAGUGAUCGGCGGCAACUCCCAGGGGGACCCGUGUGUGUUCCCCUUCACCUUCCUGGGGCAGUCCUACAGUGCCUGCACCAGCCAGGGCCGGCAGGACGGCAAGCUCUGGUGUGCCACAACCAGCAACUAUGACACCGACAAGAAGUGGGGCUUCUGCCCUGACAGAGGUUACAGCAUCUUCCUGGUGGCUGCUCAUGAGUUCGGGCACUCGCUGGGGCUGGACCACUCCAGUGUGCGUGAGGCCCUGAUGUACCCCAUGUACAGCUACGUCCAGGACUUCCAGCUGGACCCGGAUGAUGUCCGGGGCAUCCAGUACCUCUAUGGUCGUGGCUCUGGCCCUGAGCCCACUGCCCCUGUGCCUGCACCCACUGAGGAAGCCCAGCCCCUGCCCACGGAAGCCGGCAGCACCUCCACCACUGAGGAGGAAGAGGAGGAGACGCCGGAGCCCACAGCUGAGCCCAUUCCUGUGGACCCCAGCCAAGAUGCUUGUGUGGAGAAGAACUUUGAUGCUAUCACAGAGAUCAAUGGGCAGCUACACUUCUUCAAGGAUGGGAAAUACUGGACCCUCUCAUCCUUCUGGGAUUCGGGCAUCCAGGGUGCCUUCUCUAUUGCGGACACUUGGCCUGGCCUCCCAGCUGUCAUCGAUGCUGCUUUUCAGGACGUGCUCACCAAGAGGAUCUUCUUCUUCUCCGGUCGGCAGUUCUGGGUGUUCUCUGGCAAAAGCGUGUUGGGCCCCCGGGGCAUCGAGAAGUUGGGCAUUGGCAAGGAAGCCGGGCGCAUCUCAGGGGCCCUGCAGCGGGGCCGUGGUAAAGUGCUGCUCUUCAGCGGGGAGAGCUACUGGAGGCUGGACGUGAAGGUGCAGAGGGUGGACAAGGGCUACCCCCGUGCCACUGAUGAUGUCUUCACUGGCGUUCCCCUUGAUGCACGCAACGUCUUCCUCUACCAAGACAAGUACUACUUCUGCCAUGGCAGCUUCUACUGGAGGAUGACACCGCGCUACCAGGUGGACCGGGUGGGCUACGUCAAGUACGAUAUCCUGCAGUGCCCCCAGCACUGAGGGCCCGACCGGACUCCUGUGGCUGGUGUGCUGCUCCCUGCCCACCGCCCCCAGCUUACAGCCUCCUCCCUGGGGCAUGGGGGGCAGUGCAGGCUGUGGGGCAGCCCCAGCUGAGGUGGGGGCUCUGCUGUUCCCCAGCAGGAGGGGGCUGGGAGCUCUGGGGUUGCCCCUUGGGAGCUACCCGGCUGGGGAGCAGGACUCCUGUUGUGCCAGCCCUGCCAGUGCCUGCAGAGGUGUUUGCCUGGUGCAAACCACGCACGGAUUUCAAUGACUUUGUCUUUUUCCUGAGCCAUCCGGGCUGGGAUACACUGGGAGCUGGCACCCAGGGACUCGGCCAGGGCAGGGCUGGGGGCUCUGCCUCACUCCUGCCCGCUCUGCCCACCUCCAUCUGCCCGUUUUUAAUAAAGACAAUCCUUUGGACAUGG